AUGAAUAGUUCUAUCUUCUUCCUCACGGGUUUCCCUGGCCUGGAACAGGAAUAUCCCUGGAUCUCCAUCCCUUUCUCCUGCAUCUAUGCUAUGAUACUCUCAGGGAACUGCCUUGUCCUUCAUGUGAUCUGGACUGAGCCAAGCCUACAUGAGCCCAUGUUCUACUUCCUGGCCAUGCUGGCCCUCACUGACCUGUGCAUGGGACUGUCCACAGUAAACACAGUGCUGGGGAUCCUUUGGGGACUCAGCCAAGAAAUUGGGCUGGACACUUGCAUUGCCCAAACCUUCUUUGUUCAUGGGCUCUCAUGUAUGGAAUCUGGAGUUCUUCUUGCGAUGGCCUUUGAUCGCUUUACUGCAAUUUGCAAUCCUCUGAGAUAUACAUCCAUUCUCACCAAUACCAGGAUUAUCAAAAUUGGUCUGGCCAUUUUAUCCAGAAGUUUCUUAUUUAUUAUUGCUCCCAUUGUCCGGCUGAAGUUCUUCUUUUACUGCCGUCCCCACAUUCUCUCUCACUCUUUCUGUCUGCACCAAGACUUACUCCGCCUGGCCUGUUCUGAUGUUCGAUUUAACAGUUUCUAUGCUUUAGCCUUAGUCAUCUGCACCCUGUUUUUGGAUUCUGUGUUUGUCCUCAUUUCCUAUAUCUUAAUCCUGAAUUCAGUCUUGGCUAUUGCAUCCCAUGAAGAGCGACUCAAAUCCUUGCAGACCUGUAUCUCCCACAUCUGUGCAGUGUUUGUUUUCUAUAUCCCAGUCAUUGGACUGACCAUGGUACACCGCUUUGGAAAGCACCUCUCUCCUGUUGUUCAUGUCCUCAUGGGUAACAUAUAUAUCCUCUUCCCACCCUUGAUGAACCCCAUCAUCUACAGUGUCAAGACUCAGCAAAUACGUAGCAGGAUCCAGAGAUGGUUUACUCUGAAAAAUAAUUGA